AUAGACUACUUCACCUACGCGCCGUCCAACAACGCGGGUGUCCCCCUCUGGAUGCGACUCAGGCAUCACGCUGCGCGUCGCUCGCGCAUAAUCUUCAGAGACCUUCGCAAUCGAUUCCGAUCACAUCAACUUUCGUAUGUCCUCGGUUUCGUCUUCAUCGCGCUCUUGGCCCUCGCUGUACGAAGUUUCCUCUUCGGCCACACCUUGCUCGGCGGCCCUCCAGACUGGUCGGAAGUACGCGCCUACGAGGCUGCUCUACCCCAGCACAAUGUCAACCUCACCUUCCCAGAGGGUGCAUCGGGCCGCUACGUCAAAUUCUCAUGUCAGACCGAGCAACUCGGAUGGAAUAAUGUCCUUAACGAAGUACUGAUGAACGCGCACCUCGCAUACGCGAGCAAGCGCGCCUACGUCUUCCAGGACUACAUCUGGAAGCGCGAGUACUACCCAUGGCAGCAGCGCCGCUACCUGCGAAAACCGCGCCGCACUCCCCUCAACGCCCUCAUCUCCGGCCCUGCCGCUGGCGGCGAGUGGGAACUCGGCGACGCCGCCCCACGCUCCGUCUCCGAGGCCUACUGGGAGCAAGUCUGCCCUCCUUCCUCCCGCCGCAUCAUCAACACGCGCGAGAUCAAGGAAAAGAUGUACUGGGACUCCGGCGACGCCAUAUUCGCCGCCUGGCGCGACCUCCUCCUCCGCACGCCCCAGCACUGCGUCGAGGUUGUCUCCGAGACGCGCGACAAGGACGGCUUCCCGCAGGUCUUCGACCUCUUCCUCUGGGGCUCCGACCGCAUCCUCUCCCUCGCCGACGCCUUCCUCCGCUCGCCCGUCUCCCGGCUGCACGCCACCUCCCCCGUCGUCGCCGCCGCCGUCGCGCGGAAUACGCACUUGUUUCGCCCGCGUGCCAAGGGCGCCGCGCCCCGCCCCCUCGAGCGCACGCUCGCGAUGCACGUCCGGCGCGGGGACUACAAGAACGCGUGCCUCAGCCUCGCCGCGUGGAACAGCACGUUCUACAGCUGGAACCUCCUCCCCGCGCUCCCCGACCGCUUCACCGCGCACGCCGGCGGCGGCUGGGGGUGGAACACGAAGGAGAACACCGAGCUGUAUCUCGAGCGCUGCCUGCCCCCGCUCGACGCCAUCGUGCGCAAGGCCCGCGACGCCAGGCACGAUUACCUCGCCGAGGGCGCCAGGAAGAACGAGACCCGUGCCCUGGACGUCAUCUACAUCCUCACCAACGACAAGGAUUCGUGGCUCCACGAUCUCAAAGCUGCGCUCACACAGGACGGCUGGGGCACGGUCAUCACGACGAAGGACCUGCACUACACGCAGGAGACGCUCGAGGUCAGCAUGGCCGUCGACAUGGAGCUCGCGCGGCUCGCGGCCGUGUUCAUCGGGAAUGGCUGGUCAUCCUUCACCAGCAAUAUCGUGCAUCGACGCUUGGUAGACGAGCGCGAAUACAUCAGCACACGCUUCUUCUAGCCUAUCACAAUAUAUGUAUCGGCUGUAGCAUCACCUCGACGGGCAAGCAGGCAGCGAUAUCUAGAUUUCUGCGGGCCCGAGGUCUGGCACAUCGUGAGAGGUGACCAACACGGGAUCGAUCAUGUAC